GCACAAGUUGUUGGAGUUAUCUUUCUUGAUGACGCGUCAUCGAUUUCUGUGCACACUAGUGCACAGUUGCCUUUGACAACGAUAAAGCUCCUGAGAAGAACCGGAAAGGUAAAUAUUGUUCGUUUCGUCUCUGUUUGCUUUAAAUAAGAACAGUCAAUAUGGGACCACUCCCUCAAGGCAGUAGAAAUGUCCACAUCAUGGCCAGCCAGGGUCCCGACAUCAACAUGAUGAAGUUUUACAACACGACAAAUUCCACCACGUAUGGCCGAUAUUACGAUAAGUUCAAGCCACGUCCAGGUCGACACACGGGAACAGGAUACCUGUCAAAUUUCCGUCCUGCUGUUUAUUAUAACCAGCGUCUGGAUGAAGUGGACAAUCCUGUCCUUAGUAAAAUUUGUGCCAAGAAUUACCACAGUGUGACAGAGCUACAUUUCCAGCCUUAUAAAGAGAACAGUGGAACAGAACCUCUGCCUGGAAAUGUCCACCAAAAGGGGUCAGGGUUCGUCCGACAGAAACCCAUCACUAACCCAACUGUUGGAGAGGUUAAUAGUGUAUUUAUUGACACCCGUGCUGCUUCGGCCCCGAGUGACAUCCUUCCUAAGAAUAAGCCCCGCCUACACACUCUCCGACCCAAGGACCCUGUAGAACUAGAAAAUAAUGGAUAUGGUCCAAAGUAUAUGCUUUCUGAAACCAAGCAUCAAUUUCUGGGAGAACAGCCAGAUAGAAUGGAUUUGACCAACAAGACUGUAGGCCCACAUGAGGAGAGUGGAUUCACGCACGCCUAUAAUGUAGAACCAAUUACAUACAUCCCAGGAUCACCUCACAAAAACGAACUUCCGGGUUGGGCCACAGGGCGACCCACUGGUAGUAGCAUAAUGAAAACUCAUUUCUUACGCUCAGAGUAUCCCAAGGGUAAUGAGCCGUUCCCAGUGUUGUCUCACGGUGCCGAGAGGGGUACAGGAUUUACCCGGGAGAAAGCUAAACCUCUCUAUGUCAACAGAGUCAUGGCAGAUGCCUAUGACAGGGCUGAGAACAUCCCCCCUAUGAGACUGGACAGAACACAGAAAGUGGACCCCACAGAGUACCUCAAUAUGCAGAAUCCUAACAACCACUCCAGCAUCACAAUGAAGAUGUACCAGGGACAGCAGCGGCCUUCCCCCACGGAGGCUGACAGACUCAACACCACGUCCGUGGGUAACAAGGAAUUGUCUGGAUAUAGCGAGAAUAACGACAGAUUUGUGGCCCAGUCUGAUGAUUACAAGAGAUUCACCACUCACUACGAUACCAGGUUUGGACCAGACCCCACCCCUGUGGGUAAGGACAGGGAGGGCCACACAAGGGGAGCUGUACAACAACAGAAACUGGACGGCUUCACUAAGAGCACCGCUGUCCACUCGUACGGACCUGACGUCCAGUCUACGGCCACACUAAGGAGGCUGGAGCCUUAUGUAUCCAGAUGA